ACAGCCGAACCAUACCAAACCAAACCAAACCAAACCCUUCUUCAUCUCCUUUUGUCUACCGGAAUUUAUUAGGGUUUCUUACGACAGAGACACGACCGGUUUCCGUCGGAAAACGGCUUACCUGACCUCGGCUUUUGUCCGCCGGCGUUCGCUACGAGUUUCAAGUCGGCCAUGGGAGAAACUGGUGUCAUCCGGCUUCAGAGAAGUUUGGACCCGGCCGCUCGAGAGUUCCGACCCGGAAACUUCAGUAAUCUGCCUCCCGUUGUUGGGCCGCCCGUCUGCCAUGUUUACUAUUCCUUCGGUGCUCCGUUUCCACCGUCGAUGACCGAACUGCAAGUGGAACCGUUUAGCAAUUCUGUGAUAACGUAUUCCCCUAAUUUUCCGGUUAAUUUUGAUCCGGUGUUUGUUACUCCAGUGGAGGAAAUUGCGGUGCCGCAGGUUCAGCCGUUGUCGUCGUGUCCGACUCGGUCGCUGUUACUGAGUGCGGUGCCUAGUGACGUGAGCGAGCCAGUGGUGCGAAGGGAUUUGGAAUGGUUUGGGGAUGUGAGAGGGGUUCAGAUGGAGAGAAUCAGGGAUGGAAUCCUGACCGUUCAUUUUUACGAUCUGAGGCAUGCAGAAAAGGCCUUUCGAGAGAUGCGGAACCAACAUUCGAUGCGUCAAAAACAACUUCGCAACCAACAUUCUUGGUUUUCGCAGAACAGUUUCGACACGCCACCGCGGUUGGCUCGUGCCCUAAUCGGCGGCUGUGCUGUGUGGGCCGAAUUCGUUAUUCCGACUAAUAACGCCGCCGUAUUGGACUGGAACAAUCAAGGCACCGUCGUUAUUUUCAAUUUGGAGUUGGAUGUCUCCGCUUCUACUCUCAGGGAAAUCUUCGAGCGUUUUGGCCCCGUGAAGGAAUUUAGGGAGACGCCAUUGAAGAAGCACCAACGGUUCGUUGAGUAUUUUGAUGUUAGAGAUGCCGCUAAGGCCGUUAAAGAGAUGAACGGUAAGGAAAUACACGGCAAACCGGUCGUCGUUGAGUUCAGCCGUCCUGGGGGCAAUGGCCGGAAAUUCUUCAAUCCCAUGGUCGCCUCCAGAACACUAGACACUGGAUACCACCAGCAGUCAACCUCGUCUCGGCCUUCGAAGCUGUCUGGUCGUUUCAAAGACCCACAUCGUCCAUUCUACCCGCAAGCGCAAAUUUUCUCCAAGAAGGUGCAAUAUGUGAGCGGCCGGAGAUUAAACAAUGCAGAUGAACUGAUGGACAAGUUGCAGCCAUUGAAUUGCAGUGGAAAUACAGGAAAUGGAAUUGAAAUAGGGGCCUCAGUGGACACUUCGAAGGGGAUAAAUGCAAAGAAGAUCAUCAAUAAGCAAUCUCCAACCAGCUCAAAACAAGGAGCAUUUUCUCAACCUAGGAUUAAUUUUAGGUUGAGGAAGAACAACUUCUUGAAGAAAUCUGACCCGUGUUUCUUAAUAAGCGAAAACGCAAUGGAUGCAGAAACACCCGAUUGCAGAGACUCCAGAACUACGGUUAUGAUCAAGAACAUACCCAACAAGUAUAAUCUGAAGUUAUUACUGAAGACUCUGGACAAGCACUGCGUGAAGUGCAACGAGGAGAUGGGCAACGAUGGAAAGGGCCUUCCUUUGUCUUCCUACGAUUUCGUAUAUCUUCCUAUUGACUUCAUCAAUAAAUGCAAUGUGGGAUAUGGGUUUGUGAAUAUGACCUCCCCACAAGGAGCAUGGAGACUGUACAAAGCUUUCCAUCUCCAAGCCUGGCAAAUCUUCAACUCCAGAAAGAUCUGCCAGGUUACCUACGCUAGACUUCAGGGUUUAGAAGCACUGAAGGAGCACUUCAGGAACUCAAAAUUUCCAUGCGAAAUGGAGCAGUAUGAGUUGCCGGUGGUGUUUUCGCCUCCUCGGGAUGGCAUUCAAUUGACAGACCCGCUUCCCGUUGCCGGAAACAUGCAUGAUGGUGAUGGAGAACACCCGUGUGAUGCCACCGAGACCACCACAGAUGAGUCAUCGGAGGCAGUGGUGUGUGAGGAAGGUGAUGAUGGUAAAGAGGAGGAAGGUGAUGAUGGUAAAGAGGAGGAAGGAGACAACAGCAGGAGAUCAGAAGAUUGGUAAUGGGUGUGUGGCAGUGGGGGGAGAACGUGUGUAUGUGGUGUUGUGAACCCACCCACCCACCACACAACCGCACCGAACUGUACAAAAAAAAUCACAAAACACAAAUCAAAAUGACGGUAGCAUUGGAGCUCGGGAGCCGUCUUACAAGGCAAGGCUCGCCUCCACCCACCUUCUUGACUGACUAUCCAUCACUUCUCUCUCUCUCUCUCUCUCUCUCUCUC